CCUAUAAAGCAUUCGUUUUUUCCCCCUAAAACAUUCCAUAAUCAAAUUUCACCGAUACCUAUGGGAAAGAGAAGAAAUGGCAAGGGCAAAAAUUCCAGCGGCGGUGACUGUAAUAAUACCACAAGCAGCAAUAGCGACAAAUUCUCGGCGUUCGAUUUCUCCGACGAGGACUUUCGCGUCGAGCAGGAUGCCCGCAAAACCCUUGCCAAAUUCGAUAUCGAAAGCCCCGGCAAGAAACCCGCGGAUAAUCGUGUUGCCAUUGACAAACACGUUCUUCUUGAUUUCUCCAUGAGUUCUCAUGCCAAAAUUACCGCCAACAUCAAUUCAAUACCUACGCUGAAUGGUUCUAAUUUUAAGUCAUGGAAAGAGAAUCUUCUUAUUGUUCUCGGAGUCCAUGACCUUGACCUUGCGUUAAGGGUUGAUUCUCCUCCACCUCUUACGGAUAGAAGCACCCCGGAUGAUAAAAGGGAUAUGAAAAGGUGGAAGAAAUCAAAUCGCAUGUGUUUGAUGAUAAUGAAGAAGACCACUCGAGAAGCAUUCAGGGACACUAUUUCUGACAGUAUUACUACAGCUAAAGAAUAG